ACUGCCGCGUUUUACGCAUGUGUCCGUAGAAAUGGUGAGGUAGAGCAUAUUAUUUUUGUGAUUACCUUUACCUUUUUCUGUGGGGUCUGUUCGGUUCUUGCCGCAUAACUGAAGACCAUGUCCCACUCGCCAGAAUCUAGUGACAGCCCACAGUUGCCUGAAGGCUGGGACAAGCGAGUGAGCAGGAAGACUGGCCAGGCCUACUACAUCAACACAUACACAAAGGAGAGCCAGUGGGAGCUGCCGACAGAACCAGCGGAAAUGGCUUCCAGGGGGACCGAUCAAGUGCAGUGCAGCCACCUAUUGGUGAAGCAUCGUGAUUCACGCAGGCCUUCUUCUUGGAGAGAGGAGAAUAUCACCCGGACCAAAGAAGAAGCCCUAGAGAUUCUAAUGGGAUUUAGGCAGAAGAUCGCCGCGGGCGACGAGGAGUUUGCCGCACUCGCGUCCAAGUUCAGCGACUGCAGCUCAGCGAAGCGCGGCGGUGACGCCUCGGCGGUCGUUUCGGCUGCAGGGGCGCGCAUGCAGAAGCCGUUCGAGGAAGCCUCGUUUGCGCUCAAGGUCGGCGAGCUGAGCGACAUCGUGUCGACCGACUCCGGCGUGCACAUCAUCCUGAGGACGGCAUGAGCGCGAGACCGUAUGAGCGUGCGACGUCCUCUUGUUUCGUUUGAGCGCGACGCCGUAUGAGCAUGCGAUGUCCUCUUGUUUCGUUUGAGCGCGACGCCGUUUGAGCGCGACGUUUGUAUGAGCAUGCGACAUCCUCUUGUACAUUGAGUCGCGAGGGAGACAUGAGGCGGUGCUUGUGUUAGUGGUCUCUUCCUUAGUUGCUACCUGGCAUCAUAUUACCUCAGGGAAUUUCAUAAUUUACGCAUGCCGAUGUGGGGGUUAUGAAAUUCCCGAUGAUUAUAGCCUAUUGCUGUGGUAAUGAACCUGGAAAUUUACUUAUCGCUUUUAUUUGCGAGGGAAUUCGUGUAAGAGUACGUACAUAUUACAUAUUAGGUGUUUAUGUUGUGUAAAGGCUCACACAUAAGCUUUAAAUAUAUUAAUUAUGUGUGUGGAAA